GUUUAAGAGAAAGACAAAAGGUGUAAUCAGAAGCAGGUUUAUUAUUCUGUUCUCUGUUGGGAAAAUCAGACUGUGUAUUUCCACCCAACUGUGUGUUUUCUUGAUCUCAGGUUCUAAGAUUGUGAACCCGUUCAGGUUCCUUGAGGUUUUUGAGACGUGGGGUCCGUAUAUCGACGGGGAGUUAAUCAAAGAGCAAGCUGUCACUGCUUUCCAGAAGGGCCACUGGCAAAAAGAGAAGCCAGUACUGUUAGGUACGACCUCAGAAGAAGGGGUGAUCUUUGUUUAUGGCGUCUUCAACAAGCCAGUCUCUGCAGUGGAGAGCACUGUGUACAUCACAGCCAUCUUUAAACAGCACACUCUGCGGAUCCUGCACAAGUACCUCCCCCUGUACAGGGACGCUGACCGCAGGGACAUGCUGGCUCAGAUAGUCACCGACUACGUCUUCCUGUGUCCAUCCAGGAGGUCGGCACGUGCUGGCACCACAGCAGGCAGCGCGGUGUGGAUGUACGUGUUCGACCACGUGGCAUCAGACCAUCGCGUGUGGUCUGGUCUAACUUUCUGCUACCAUCACGCCUGCCAUGGCGCUGAACUGCCUUUUCUCUUCGAUUCUGCCUCGGUGGCCAACUUCACCCUGACGCUGCCAGAGAAGCUGCUGUCCAAUCGGAUGCUGUGCUACUGGGGUGCCUUUGCCCACACUGGUGACCCUUCCUCACGGGCCCAACAGACGACGUUCUGCCGGGAGCAGCGUCUGCCUGUUUGGCCACGCUACUCUGACACCAGCGGCUGGCUGGUCAUGAACCUGACAGUGCGUUCACAUGCACAAGUGGGAACCAGAAGCCACAUGUGUGACUUCUGGGACAAACUGGGCAUCUAUUAGUGAGGGGACUGGCUGUGCAGGCAGGCGCUGGGUGGAUUUCACUGAAAUAGCAUCAAUUCAUGCUGUUCUCUUUGUUUCAAAAUCUUGCACUUGCAUUUGUAUUGUUCAAUAUUAAAUAUGACCCUUUUGCUACCAAGCAGCAAUUAUUUCAAUAAAUAGUCAGUCAGCUUUUAGAAAAUGCUGUUUCAAUACCAACAUAUAAGGCUGAAGCUAGCAGCGCAGAACUUUUGUAAAACUACAUGAACUAUCAGCAUUGCGUCACCUGCACUGGUCAUCAGUAAGAAUCACCACUUUCUGUUUAAUGCAAAUAAAGUUCAAACGCUGCACAACUGCAUGAAGUCAGUGGAUAUAUGACGGUGAACACAUCUAAUGACUUGUUUGUUCUAUUCACAUGAGUUUGUACGAGUCAAAAAAAAAUUUCAACCAUACCACAAAAUUUACCCUUAUAUGAAACUAUUUUUUAAGUGGAAAAUGAUAGAAAAGGCUUGAGUUUUGACAUUUAUAUAUUCAGAUCAUAUCACAUAAACACACACAGAGUUGUGGGUUGUUAGCCAGCUCGCUUCUGUUUGCCAUUUAAAGACUUUGUGUUCAAAUUCAUUUGGUAAAAGCAAGUCUUGAUUCUUCUCUCAUGGUUUUCUUUUUUUCUUCAGUCUGAACCUCUUUUCAGUGUGUUUCUUAAAUAAAAUAAACCUUUAAAGCUGCAACAAUCAAUAUUUUAUUUUUACUGACAAUGUAAAAAAUGAAAAAAGAGAGUAGCUCAUAGUGACAAACUCACAGCUCAAACAUUGUCCCCUCGUUUAUAGCAGUAUAGGAGUUUUUUUUUAACCAUUUUUAUUUUUUAUUUUUUACCAGCUUUCAGCUAAAUCUUUUUGUUUCUGAGCUGAAAACUUUUCUGUGGUACACCCAUCACCACCACUUAAGGGCGAUCAUACAUUGUGUGUAGAGUACUUAGCAGCUCAGCAGUCAGAUGUUUUUCUCAGGGGGUAAUAGUAAAUCCUGAACUUUACCUGAUGACUACAAAUAAACGCUAUACAUGUUGCUCUGUAUCAGGCAAACAUUUGCUAACAUUUUUUGCCUUAUUACCUUUAUAAAAGGUCAUAAUAUAUCUGUUGUGUUUACAGCUUGUUUGUCUGGCACAAUGUCAGCAUGGAAGCCCUAAACCUGGCAGUGUUAUCAGUAACGAUAGAAGCAAGCAACAACUGGCGAUCUCCUCACCUGUAGGAGCUAGCC